AUGGUGAAUUCUUCUUUGUCUCACUUUUGGGGAUGUGGUGGUCAAAAUGAGAACUCUCAGCGGCAUGCAGAAGAGCUUGAAGACAAAAAAUGCAAACAUGACCCAUCUUGCAAUAAUCUAGAAAUAGCUCAUGAUAUAACAGCUCGCUACAAGAUGAAAAGAAAAUCCCCAGAAACAAGGUUUGUCCAUGUGGCUCAAAGAAGAAAUACAAGUCUUGUUGUGGAUCAGCUGCGGGAAGAUCUGCUAGUAGAUUUGCAGUGUAUGCCUCAUGAAGACUCUCGCUUUGUUCGAAAAGAUAAAAAGCAAGGGAAGAAAGGUGGACCGGUUGCUGUGAAACCUCAAGGAUCUGAUGGAGGACUGCCUGAUGUGGGUGCACUUUGUAUUUGA